AUGCAACAGCAACAACAGCAGCAGAACCCUAGUGCAGCAGCAGCAGCAGCAGCACAUGCAGCAGCAGCAGGAAGAACAGCACAUGCAGCAGGAAGAGCAGCAGAUGCAGCAGGAGGAGCAGCAGAUGCAGCAGGAAGAGCAGCAGAUGCAGCAGGAAGUGCAGCACAUGCAGCAGCACGAGCAACACGUGCAGCAGUAGGAGCAGCAGAUGCAGCAGGAGGAGCAGCAGAUGCAGCAGGAAGAGCAGCAGAUGCAGCAGCAAGAGCAACACGUGCAGCAGGAAGAGCAGCAGAUGCAGCAGCACGAGCAACACGUGCAGCAGUAGGAGCAGCAGAUGCAGCAGUAGGAGCAGCAGAGCGAGCAGGAAGAGCAGCAGAUGCAGCAGGAAGAGCAGCAGAUGCAGCAGGAAGAGCAGCCCAUGCAGCAGCACGAGCAACACGUGCAGCAGGAGCAGCAGAUGCAGCAGGAAGAGCAGCAGACGCAGCAGGAGGUAGACCUGGGGUAAUAGUUGACUCCUUUUGCUCGAGUUGCUGCUAA